AUGAAUAUUUCAAGAGGAAUUUCCUUUUUUUAUCUAUUUUGUUUGACUGUAAAUUUAUUAAUUCCAUGUCUUUGUAGCAAUACAGUUUUCACUCAAAAAGAUUUAUUACCAAUAAAAAAUAUUAGUGAAAAAAUAAAAGAAAGAUUUAAAAAAAAAAAAAUUAAUUAUGCUAUAAUAGUAUCUGGGAUACUUAUGUUUGCUACUUUUGCACUUGGAAUUGGAUAUUAUUUGAAUAAAAGUGACGAAAAUUAUGAUUUCAAUGACAUUAUAUGGUUACCUCACGAAAAAUUUAAUUUUAAAAACCCUGAUGAUGGGCAAAAACCAAGUACAAGUAUGCAUUAUGUUGAACCUCUAGGGAUAAAUAAAGUAAAUAUAAAGGGCCCAAUAAAAGUAAAUACUAAUGAGAAAGAUAUUCCUAUAAAAACGUUUAAUGUUUUUCUUGAUAAUGCAAAGAUUGCAUUAAAACAUCAUUAUAAUAAUUUAUCUGUCAUACAACAGCAAUAUUUUAAAAAUGAUAGUUCUUAUAUUAGAAAAAUUGUUCAGUCUUUACAAGAGAAAAGAAGUGUCUCACUUUCCAGAGCUCAAGAAGAUAAAGCGGUUUCACAGAUGGGACGUUUCUUGGAUAAUAUGAACAAUUACUAA